AUACCGAUAAAUUUAUCGAUACUAUCAUUGGUGACUGAUCCAGCACUAAAACACUAAUUAAAUUGUAAAUUAAAAGUAAAAACUCGGGAUUAACCAACCAUGGCCACCUUGGAGGAUAAGUUACUGGGUGAGAAACUGGAGUACUACUGCAGCAGCAGCGAGGGCGAGGACAAUGGCGACGAAGGGGACGAUUCCAAGGGGGCCUCGGGGAAAUCCCGCUCCUCCGGCCUGACGAUCGACACAAAUCCGGAUGCGACUCCGGCUGGGGGAUACCGGCAGCAGAGCUCCACCAACACGGGCCCCAAGGGCGUGGUCAAGGACUGGCAGAGAUUCAAGCAGCUGGAGGCGGAGCGCCGCGACGAAACGGAGCGCCAACGACUGGCGCUGGCCAAGAAACUCACCAUCACCACGGCCACUGCAGCGGAGGAUGAGGAGCGCAAACGGCAGGAGGAACUGGACGCCGAGCUGGGCGAACUGAUGAGCGAGGACUUCCUGCUGCAGUACCAGAAACAGCGGAUGGCCGAGAUGCUUCGCCAGACGGGACACCACCAGCAGUUCGGCAAGGUCCAGCAGCUAACCACCCACGGGGAGUUCCUCGCCUGCGUGGAGCAGGAGAACAAGCACACCACCAUCAUCAUCCACAUCUACGAUCGACAGCUGGCCGCCUGCACCACAUUAAACAAGUGCCUGGAGAGCCUGGCCAGCGAUUAUCCGUCCAUCAAGUUCGCCAAGAUCUGCAGUUCCGUGGCCGGAAUGAGCCGGGAUUUCCGCACUAAGGGGCUACCCGCCCUACUGGUUUAUAAGGCCCAAGCGGUCAUCGGGAACUUUGUGCGGUUAACCGAUGAUCUCAGCGACGAUUUCUUCGCCUCCGAUGUCGAGAGUUUUCUCAUCGAGCACGGCAUUUUAGUGGACAGAGCUCUGUACAAUUAAGUUGGUAGCUAAGGCCCUAGAUUUAUGAACUGACAAGAAACUUAAGGGGCAUAUCCCAUACCUGAAGCUUUAAAACGUUAGUUUUAAAUUCUAAAACUUGCUUUGGACCAUCAUCAAAUCAUAAAAGUACUAUUAUUAUCAGAAAAUAUAUUUAGACUUCUAAACAAAUAUUGUUUUCGGUAAUAUUGAAUUUUCUAACUGCUCCUUUUACGCUGUAUGAACACAUUUUACAGUUUUAUUUCAAGAAUUAUACAAAAUUUUAAGGUAUGCCAGCUUUAAAGUCAAUUUUUAUUUGAUUUUGGAACGAAUACAAAAUAAAAUAAUUGACCUGAAGCUAAUGAACAAAAAUAAGUUUAAUAAAAUUAAAAGUUUAAUAAUAUUAGGAAUCUCCGCUUUACUUGUCAGUUAAAUCAGGGGCCUAAACUAUACCCCAACUGCUGACCAAAUAUGUGUUCGUAGGACUAGCAUUUAAGAGUAAUUAAGGCCCCACUUUUUAAUUUUUCAUUUGAAUUAUUUAUUUUUUUCCAUUCAGUAAUUUGUUACAUUAUAUGUAUGAUUCUUUUCUCUUCUUUUGUUUUUUAUUUGUUGUAUACAGAAUUUCUUAAAGUGCAACUUUCACAAAAUGGAAAAUGUCUCAAAAAUGGGGUAAAUCAAAAAAAUAAUAAAAUUCUAUUUAAAAUAUUUGAAAAAUGUAUUCGAAAUGCAUUACGCACUUGAAAUUGUAUGGAACAGAUCCUGCUCACUAAAAAUAGCGUACAUAUAUUACCUUUCCGUCAUCAUUUACAAUACGAUUUAUAUUUAUAUAAUAGUAUUUAGUGGCUAAUGAAUGUACUUCACUCGAACUCGUACUCUGUAAGAUUUAUACAAUUAUAUAUUUUAUAGCUUAUAGCCUACCAUAUACAGCAAUAAAAAUGAUGUCGAUACAAUAAA